UCGGCCGCGGCGCGCGCUAUCGCCGGCCAGUGUUUCGGUCACUUCGCGCCAUUUACAUUUCUUUUAUAUUAACAUUUGAUUUUUGAAAGUUUUGUGUCGUGUCAAAGUACUAAAGGUGCAAAUAUUUUACACUCAAUCAUGCGGUGGUGAUGGUCAGCCCUCGUGCUGCGGGUCCUCUCCGCCGCCCCGGGAGAUGACCGCGCCCGCCGUACCUCGCCAUGGCGCCGCAUGCGCACGAUUGCGAAGAGGUGGAACGGCUAAAUGGAGAAGACUUUCAGGAGGUGCCGGUGCACCAGGGCCGGCGCAUCCAGCCCGAGGGCCCGCCGGCCGCGCGCGCCUGGGUCGAGCAGGAGACGGAGCGCGGCAGCGACAGCCGCACUUGCAGCCCGGGCGAGAGUCGGCGCCUACUGGGCCCCGCGCCCCCGCCCCUCGCCACCAAACCUCGCCUCCAAGCCGGACUCACCCUCGGUGUGUGGGCCGUAUCCAAAGAUAGCAAGAAGAAAUCGCAAGAAAAAAAGACAAAAUGCCAGCUCGCAAACGCCACAAAGAGAACGAAAACAAAGUUCCAGAAGAGGAAAGAAAAGCUGAUCGCAGUUCUGAAGCCGCCGUACUUCAUACUCACCAUGAUUAUUACCAUAAUCUGCGUGCACGUGUGGAGCACGGAGGCGGUGCGCGCGCAGCUGGAGUGGGCGCCGAACGCGUGGCGACAAGCGCCCUGGCGGCUGCUCACUUACGGCUGCGUGCACGCCACCAACGCACACCUCGCCCUUAACGCCCUCGUUGCCCUCGCGGUGGGAUGGCGGCUGGAGCGCGAGCAGGGGUGGGCGCGCGCGGCGGGCGUGUGGUGGGGCGGGGUGGUGGCGGGCGCGCUGGGCGCGGGCACGCUGCAGCCGCACGUGCGCGUCGUGGGCGCCUCCGCCGCCGUGUACGCGCUGCUCACCGCGCACCUGCCCAACGUCUGCCUCAGAUUCGGUCACGUGCCGCUGUGGUGGUUCCGACCGCUGAGCGUGUUGGUGCUGGGCGCGUCGGAGGCGAGCUGGGCGCUGCUGCGCGAGCCGCCCACGCCCGCCACCGCCGCCACCUACAGCCACGUGGCGUGGGCCGCGCACGUGCUCGGCGCCGCCGCCGGCCUGCCACUUGGCUUCCUCAUCUUCGACGGUGAAAAUUCAAAAGAGCGCUACAUGGUGUGCGCGCGCGUCAUCUCCUUGUUGGUGCUGGCGGGCGGGGUGGCGGCCGCCGCGCUGCACCCCGCACUCUGGCACGACCACGACUAGCUCACGUCACCCCGCGCCCUGCGACACUGCGCCAUCGUAUCACAUGGACGUGUGGGUUUAUGAUCAACCAGACUGAAUGCAAUUGAUUUGAAGACUGAUAUUUCCAAAGUGCAAUUGGCUCUGUCCGUCCGAAAUUGUCUUCAUUAGGCGUAAAGUGUAUUUAAACGUUCUCAUCUGGCGUUAGCAACUGUACAAGUCAAACGGCAAAACGUAGGGUCAAUUAGCUCAUCGAGCUGUUGAGAAGAGAUGUUGAUUUUAAUAUUAAAUAUGUAAGAACACUAUUGCAAAUAUCUGCUAACAUGUGUCGUAUCGUAUCGUAUCGUGUCGUGUCGUGUCGUGUCGUGACGUGUCGUGGCUUACACAAGUGUCAUCAUGAUAGAUAUAUCGUGUUGUCCACACAUCACAUGUAAUGAUCACGCUUAAAACGAAAAUAUUCUAAGAGAAUUGUUAAAUAACGUUGCUAUAUGUAAUGCAAGUUUAAUUGUAAUAUAUUAUACAUAUGUAUGUACAAUAAUUCGAGGCUCAUAAAACUGGUGCGAGUAACGUUUGUGAAGCUGCUGAGUUUUACAACUUGGUGUCAAUUGUACGUAUGUAUGUUGGCGACUGUAGAGUACAAAAGUGAGAGAACAUUAGGUAAUAAGGCGAGGUCAGCGAGGUCUUCCUUAUUUUGUGUCUGUUGUAAAAAUGUAAAAAUGUACUGUAAGGUAUACAAAAGUUGAUAGCGCAGUAAGUUUUUGUGUGUUAUACGAGG